AUGGACUCGCUGUUGAACACCACGGAUUACUACCCUUCCGUUAACGCCACUAACGGCUCCGGUUUGAACGACACAGAGGGCUAUAACCAGUUCGUACAGCCGGUGUGGCAGAUCGCUCUCUGGGCCAUCGCCUACUGCAGCAUGGUGUGCGUCUCCGUGAUCGGUAACCUGGUAGUCAUCUGGAUCAUCCUCGCGCACAAACGCAUGAGGACCGUGACCAACUACUUUCUGGUAAACAAACAAAUGUAAAAUGCUAAGGACCGAGAGAGCUUGGACAGACCUUAUGUCAUAAUUUCUAAAUUUGUUUAUUAAAAAAAUUCACCAGUGAAUGUGAACUUUGUUUUGUGUGCCUGUCUGUCUGUCUGAUUCCUAUUUUCUUCUCCCAGGUGAACCUAGCCUUUGCAGAGGCGUCUAUGUCUGCCUUCAACACAGUGAUAAACUUUGCCUACAGCGUCCAUAACGAGUGGUACUUUGGUUUGGGCUACUGUCGCUUCCAUAACUUUUUCCCCAUUGCAGCGGUCUUCACCAGCAUAUACUCCAUGACCGCCAUAGCACUGGAAAGGUGAGCAGUAUGUGUGUGUGUGUCGGUGAAUGGGUGCGCGCUAGUGUGUGUUUGUUUUCACUAGAAUCUACUCCAUGACUGCCAUAGCUCGGAACAAGUAAGCAACCCUGUAUGCUGUGUGUGCAUGACCACACCACAGCCAGCUACACUAAAGCUUAUGUAACAUCCAUGUCUUCAGUGCAACAUGAGUCUUAAAUCCUCUCCUCUAUAAUCUCAGCACUGGCUUCAGUCAAACAUUUAUUAGCUUUGGACUUGUUUAGUCACUACUCAAGUGGACGUUUUGUGUGUGUGUGUGUGUGUACUGUUAUGUGUGUUUGAUGUGUUUAAAAGCAACCUUUUCCUAGAGAUCCCUUCUCCAACCCUGCUUCUCUCUCACAUACCGUCAUCAGUAUGUCGCCACAGCCUGUGUGUGUGAGCUGCCUUUUCCUCCACAUCAUCCCUGCUCCUCUCUUUUCCAUCCCUCAUUCUCCACAUCCCUCAUACUGGGCUCACUGUCAGAACACAGAUCCCCCUCUCUUCAGUACGUCACCACAAUGUUAGAAUAAUCGGAACAUUCUUGCAAUAUUGAAGUAGAGAGAGCGAGAGAGAAAGAGAGUAGCCCUUUCCCCAGAUGAUCCCAUGCUCCCCGGGAGUGUUAACAAGAGGUGUGUUUGUAAACCGCUGUGUCUGAAGAGGAUCAAUUUUACCUCAACAGGCAGAGAGAAGGAGGGAUAGAGAGGGAGGGAUAGAGAGAGAGAGAGAGAGAAAGGGAGGGAUAGAGCGGGAGGGAUAGAGAGGGAGGGAUGGAUAGAGAGAGAGAUAGAGAGAAGGGGAGUGAGGGAUGGAGGGAGAGAAGGAGGGAGGGAGAGAAGGAGGGAGGUAUAGAGAGAGGGAGGGAGGGAGGGAGGGAUAAAGAGGGAAGGAGGGAUAUAGGGGGAAGGAGGAAUAUAGGGGGAGGGAGGGAUAGAGAGGGAUACAGAGAGGAGAGAGAGAAUUGGAGGAAGGAGAAAGAGAGAGAGAGAGAGGAGAGAAGAGAUGAAAGAGGAGAGGAGAGAGAGAGACGAGAGGAGAGGUGAGAGAAGGAAGAUCGAGGGAGGAGGAGAGAGGACGAGAGGGAUAGAGAGGAAGAGAGAGAGGAGAGAAGAGAGGGAGGGAGAGGAGCGAGAGCAGGAGAGGGAUGAUGAUGAGAGGAUGAGUGGAGAGGGGAGGGGAGGGGGAGGGGGAGGGAGGGAGGGAUAGAGAGGGAGGUAUAGAGAGAGAGAGGGAGGGUAUAUAUAUAUAUAUAGAGAGAGAGAGAGAGAGAGAGAGAGAGAGGGAGGGAUAGAGAGAAAGAGAGGGAGGGAUACAGAGAGAGGGAGGGAGGGAUAGAGGUUUUUAUUAUUUUGGAACUUUUGUGAGUGUAAUGUUUACUGUUAUUUAAAAAUAUAUAUAUUUCACUAGCUUUUGCAAUGUAUACAUGUUUCCUAUGCCAAUAAAGACCCUUAAAGUGAUAGAGGGAGAGGGAGAGUGAGAGGGAGGGAGAGAGAGAGAACAAAUGGGAAGGGGUGAUAAUCAAGUGGGAAGGAGAGGGGAAGAGAGGAAGAGAGAGGGGAGAAGGGGUGGAAGGGAUUAAGGAGAGAAAGGGCGGAGGGGGAAAAAGAGAGAAGGGAAGGAAAGAGAGGAAGGGAGAUGAUAGUUUUGGUGUCACCCCAUCUCCUUGUCUUGUAAAUCACAUCAGUGAAGCAACACAAUGAGAGGAGGAGAGGAGGCAAGGAGGGUAGAGGAGGAGAGGAGGAGAGGAGGCAAGGAGGGUAGAGGAGGAGAGGAGGCGAGGAGGGUAGAGGUGGAGAGGAGGAGAGGAGGGUAGAGGAGGAGAGGAGGAAGGAGGAGAGGAGGGCGAGGAGGAUAAAGGAGGAGAGGAGGAGAGGAGUGUAGAGGAGGAGAGAAGGGUAGAGGAGGAGAAGAGGGCGAGGAGAGGAGAGGAGGAGAGGAGGGCGAGGAGGGUAGAGGACGAGAGGAGGGCGAGGAGGGUAGAGGAGGAGAGGAGGGGAGGAGGGUAGAGGAGGAGAGGAGGGUGAGGAGGGUAGAGGAGGAGAGGAGAAGAGGAGGGCGAGGAGGGUAGAGGAGGAGAGGAGGGUAGAGGAGGAGAGGAGGGUAGAGGAGGAGAGGAGGAGAGGAGGUUAGAGGAGGAGAGGAGGGCGAGGAGGGUAGAGGAGGAGAGGAGGGCGGAGGAGGGUAGAGGAGGAGAGGAGGAGAGGAGGAGAGGAGGAGAGGAGGGUAGAGGAGGAGAGGAGGAGAGGAGGAGAGGAGGGUAGAGGAGGAGAGGAGGAGAGGAGGGUAGAGGAGGAGAGGAGGGCGAGGAGGGUAGAGGAGGAGAGGAGGGUGGAGGAGGGUAGAGGAGGAGAGGAGGAGAGGAGGAGAGGAGGAGAGGAGGGUAGAGGAGGAGAGGAGGAGAGGAGGAGAGGAGGAGAGGAGGAGAGGAGGGUAGAGGAGGAGAGGAGGGUAGAGGAGGGUAGAGGAGGAGAGGAGCCGAGGAGGGUUAGAGGAGGAGAGGAGCGAGGAGGGUAGAGGAGGAGAGGAGCCGAGGAGGGUAGAGGAGGAGAGGAGGAGAGGAGGGUAGAGGAGGAGAGGAGGAGAGGAGGGUAGAGGAGGAGAGGAGGGUAGAGGAGGGUAGAGGAGGAGAGGAGGGCGAGGAGGGUAGAGGAGGAGAGGAGGCAAGGAGGGUAGAGGAGGAGAGGAGCCGAGGAGGGUAGAGGAGGAGAGGAGCCGAGGAGGGUAGAGGAGGAGAGGAGGCAAGGAGGGUAGAGGAGGAGAGGAGGCGAGGAGGGUAGAGGAGGAGAGGAGGAGAGGAGGGUAGAGGAGGAGAGGAGGGUAGAGGAGGGUAGAGGAGGAGAGGAGGAAAGGAGGGUAGAGGAGGAGAGGAGCGAAGGAGAGGAGAGGAGAGAAAGGUAGAGGAGUAGGAUCAGAUACUCUCACAUCAACUCUGCAUGAUUACCUUUCAUUAGGGCUUGGAGGAACACACACACACACAGUGCAGUGUCUCUUCUCCAUCUGUCACCAGAAUGUAUCUAUUGAGCUAAAGAAGUUGAACUAUCAGUAAUUGCCAAUUAAAUUAAACCAGUGGAAUGUAAAACUAAUCAUAGCCAUGUCUGUAUCCCCUGGUGUCCCUUCAGUAGAGUGUGUGUAUAUAAAUGUGUGUCUGUACUACAGUAAUGUGUUUAUAACAGUGUUUGUGUAUAACAGUGUGUGUGUGUGUGUGUAUUACUGAUCUCUGUUUGUUGAAAUCUAAUCAAAUUGUAUUUGUAACAUGUUUCGUAAAAAACAGGUCUUGAAUGACAGUGAAAUCCUUACUUACAGAACCUUCCCAACAAUGCAGAGAGAAAGAUACAAUUUUUAAACAUUGUGACACGAGGAAUAGAUACACAGUGAAUAAUGAAUAACAAUAACGAGAAAGUGUGUGUGUGUGAGUGUCGCAUCAGUAUGCAUGUGUGCGCGUGUAAUGUGGGUGUAUGUAGUGUGUGUGUUGGGGUCUCUAGUGUAUGUGUAAGUGUGUGGGUAGAGUCUAGUGUAUGUGCGUAAAGUCAGUGCAAGAGAGUUAGUGCAAAAAUUCAUAUCCCACGUGUGUGUGUGUAUAACUGAUCACUAUAUGCGUGUGUGUGUGUGUGUGUGUAUGUGUGCGUGUGUGUGUGCGUGUGUGUGUGUGUGCGUGUGUGUGUGUGUGUAUGUGUGCGUGUGUGUGUGCGUGUGUGUGUGUGUGCGUGUGUGUGUGUGUGUGUGUGUGUGUGUGUGCGUGUGUGUGUGUGUGUGCGUGUGCGUGUGUGUGUGUGUGUGUGUUUGUUCCAGGUACAUGGCUAUCAUCCACCCCCUGAGGCAGAGGUUGUCUUCAGCAGAGACCUGUGUAGUGAUCGGAGUGAUCUGGGUGUUAGCUCUACUGUUGGCCUUCCCCCAGUACUACUACUCAGCUACUGACCAGCUGCCUGGUAGGACUGUCUGUUACAUCCAAUGGCCUGAAUACACCAAUGACACAACCAUGGACUUCAAUAAGAUGUGAGUACUGACUGACACACACACAAAGGGGUUUGUUUGAAGGAAGCAUCAUCUUCAGGAGGUUCACUAGGAGGUUCACUAGGAGGUUCACGAGGAGGUUCACGAGGAGGUUCACUAGGAGGUUCACUAGACAUUAGAGAAUAAACUGGAUUAUUUUCUGUCUGUAAAAUCUGACUCACUACUCACAUCCUUUUUCUGUCUGAGCUAAAAUCCAAUCAAACUUCUGGAUGAAUAGGCCUAGCGUCUUUCUGCUAUUUGUCUCCUUGUAAUAUAACAUCCGAGUGGAAUGAUUCAUGAAUCUAUCGAACCUCUAUUAGUCAAGAGAUUGAUUUAGAACCAAACAGAUAGUAGAUGUUCAGUCUGUGGGUGUUAUGUGUUAUGAAUAACCAUUGUUAGACAGAAGUCGUAGGAUUGCUAGGAUUUGAAUUAAUUGUAUUGUUGUUACUGUUUUUCUGUUUUGUUGUGUUAUUUAUUGAUGCUGUGUGGCCAUCGUUAUAUAUCUCAAGCAUUUUGUCUGGCACAUAGAAAAUAAGAAAAUGUAAAUCAAUUAUAUAUUAAAGAGAUGAAUAACCAUCGUUAACAGUCUAGACUCCCUAGACAGCCAUGUUCCAAACUGUGAAAUAUAAGUUAUUCUCUAUGAAUGAUAACAGUUUGAUAUCAUUAGUCAACAUUGCAGCAGUUAUAAACAAAGAGUAGACUGUUUAGCUAUUAAAAAGCUCUUCACACAGAAUUUACUUUACUAAUUAGCAGGGCUGUCAAAGUUAACGCGUACAUUUAUUUGAUGCCGUUAAUCGAGUCUGUUUUUUCUUUCUUCCAUGGAUUGGUGCGGAUGUCAUGGGUUGUUUUAAACUACUCACGAGCCGUUAUUUUUUGGUUUUGAUAACAAACAACAUUGUUUAGCUAGCUAGUCAUGUUACCUAGCUAGCUAGCAACCUGAUAACUUGACCACUGACUAGGCUAUGCACAAAUGUAGAUGGCACAGGAAGAACUGAACAAGAAUAGGCUCCUCAAAGAGAUGCUUUAAAGGUAGGCUACAUAUGCAAGAGUGGGGUGUGUAUAAUUAUGUGUGAGAGAGGAUGUGUGUUUCAAGUUUUUUAUUGUCACGUGCACAGGGGUGGAAAAGGUACCCAAUUGUCAUACUUUAGUAAAAGUAAAGAUACCUUAAUAGAAAAUGACUCAAGUAAAAGUGAAAGUCACCCAGUAAAAUACUACUUGAGUAAAAGUCUAAAAGUAUUUGGUUUUAAAUAUACUUAAGUAUCAAAAGUAAAUGUAAUUGCUAAAAUAUACUUAAGGAUCAAAAUUAAAAGUAAAAGUAUAAAUCAUUUAAAAUUCCUUAAAUUUAGCAAAGCAGACAUUUUCGUGUUUUUAAAAUUUACGGAUAGCCAGGGGCACACUCCAACACUCAGACAUAAUUACAAACGAAGCAUUUGUGUUUAGUGUGUCCAGAUGAUCAGAGACCAGGGAUGUUCUCUUGAUAAUUGUGUGACUUGGACCAUUUUCCUGUCUUGCCAAGCAUUCAGAAUUUAACAAGUACUUUUGGUGUCAGGGAAAAUGUAUGGAGUAAAAAGUACAUUAUUUUCUUUAGAAAUGUAGUGAAGUAAAAGUUGUCAAAAAUCAAUAGUCAAGUAAAGUACAGAUACCCCGAAAAACGACUUAAGUAGUACUUUAAAGUAUUUUUAUUGAAGUACUUUACACCACUGCACGUGCACUAGUACAGUGAAAUGCCUUUCUUGCUGACUCUUUCCCAACUCUUAUGAAGGUGUCAUAACCAGCAAUAAAAUAACACAAUAUAUGUCACAACAGGUGUAAAAUAUAUGGGUCAUGACAGUGUUAUGACCAUAUUAUGACAGGUCAUGACAAGUUAUGUCAGCUGUUAUGACAUGGUUAUGACCAUGUCAUAACAUGUUAUGACACUGGGUGUCAAGUAUAGUGUUGCCAAAAGCUCUUGUGCGUUUGCGUGUGUGUGUGUGCGUGUGUGUGUGUGUGUGUGUGUGUGUGUGUGUGUGUGUGUGUGUGUGUGUGUGUGUUAUUUAGUAUCUCCAUUAGUCUCAGGUGUUCGGGGGAAUGAAGUCAUUUCCAUAAGCAGCUGAGUUCCUGUAGUUGGUCUGAUGUUAGAAGUUAGGGGCUAGGGCUUGAUUUAGGCCUCGCUCUCCUCCACUCAUUCUCUUUUCUUCUCCUCCUUCCUCUUCCUCCCCCUCUCCUCUCUUCCUCUCAGUAAAUUGAUUUCAUGCAUCUUUCAGUGAGAGCUGAUCUUCUGGGCCGCUACUCCCUGUAGCGAGACUGAUAAGGAAUCAGCAGACAUCGUGUGUGUGUGUGUGUGUGUGUGUGUGUGUGUGUGUGUGUGUGUGUGUGUGUGUGUGCGUUCGGAGGCAGAGAUAAGGAAUCAAAUCAGAACAGGGUUCUACUAGACUAGACCUGAGACCCCAGUCCAACAAUCUCAUUAGUGUGUGUGUAUUUAUAUAUAUCUCUCUCUCUGUGUAGGUACUCUGUGUCUGUGGUGUUGCUGUACUACUUCCUGCCGCUGUGCAUUAUGGGAUGUGCCUACCUGGUGGUGGGCUUGUCCCUGUGGGUGGGGACUAUCCCUGGAGACUCCACCCACCGCUACCGAGAGCAGCUAAUCGCCAAACGCAAGGUGCACACACACACACACACACACACACACACACACACACACACACACACACACACACACACACACUGAAGCUCACAGGCAGAACACAAUACCUGUAUGUACACACACUCAUGCAUGGCCACACACAGCAGGGAACUGUGGUGAGUGUGGUGAAAGGAGUCAUGCGCAGGAGGGUAAUCACCGAAUACAGAGUUUAUUCCUUCGUUGACACACAAAUGCGCUCCAAUAGCGAUCAACGAAACAGGCACAGGGGAAACAAACAUCCCUGGCACACAAUGUUAUGAGUAGCUCCAUCGAGCUACAUGCUCUCACAAUUAAUAAUCACCCACAAGGACAAGGGGGCAGAGGGAACACUUAUACAUGGACUAAUGAGGGGAUUAGAACCAGGUGUGUGUGAUUGACAAGACAAUUGUGAUGAUGAUUGGGGCGGCAGUGGUUAGUACUCCGGUGACAACGAACGCCGAAGCCUGCCCGAACAAGGAGGGGAGGCAGCCUCGGCCGAAGUCGUGACAGGAACCUCUUAAGCAAAUCCCUCAAUUUCUUUCAACUGUCCUUCCCUCCCUCCCUCUCUCUGUAGGUAGUGAAGAUGAUGAUCGUGGUGGUGUGUACUUUUGCAGUGUGCUGGCUGCCUUACCACAUCUACUUCCUGCUCCAGCAGUUCCACCCUGACCCCAUGCAGCUGUUUGAAUGGCGCUACAUCCAACAGGUCUACCUGGCUGUCCUGUGGCUGGCCAUGAGCUCCACCAUGUACAACCCUAUCAUCUACUGCUGUCUCAACGACAGGUAGGUGACUGUGUACACACCACAGGUGGCUGGUGGCACCUUAAUUGGGGAGGAUGGGCUCAAACUAAUGGCUAGAACGGAAUGAUAGGAGUGGUACCAAACACAUCAAACACACUGUCUUUGAUACCAUUCCAUUUACCCCAUUCUAGCCAUUAUUAUUACACGUCCUCCCCUCACCAGCCUCCUGUGGUACACACACAAGCACAAACACAACAGGCGUGCAAACGCACACGCACGCACGCACGCACGCACGCACGCACGCACGCACGCACGCACGCACACACACACACACACACACACACACACACACACACACACACACACACACACACACGUCUAUUUGACCCAUUGGUCUCUCCUUCUCGCUCUCCCCAUCUAUCUCUCCUCUCUCUCUCUCACUCCCCCCUCUCUCCUGCUUUCUCUCUCAACCCUCUGUUUAGGUUCAGGGCAGGCUUUCAGCAGGUGUUCUGUUGGUGUCCGUGUGUUCCUGCCACCUCCUACGGGGGACUGGAACUCAAGUCCACCCGCUACCUACAGACCCAGGUGUGUGUAGAUUCCGUCUUCUUUCUGGGUGUGUGUAUGAGUGUGUAUGUUUAAGUUCUGUCCCCCUUAUCUCUGUUUCCAGGUGAGUGUGUACCGGGCCAGCCGGAUGGAGACCAGUAUGUCGACAGUUCUGCAGCCCACUGAGGAGGAGCGCUGUGGGGCAGAG